AUCCUCGCCUCGCCAUCCACCCCCCUCCCGCGCACGCAUCUCGGCGCGUCUCCCCAGCCGUCCAUGACGUACGGCGCGCCGCCGCGCCUCCGCCUCCGCCUCCGCGCCGCGCGCAUUAAAACUCUCCUCGCUCAUCACUGACUCCCGUGGAGACUUGGCUUCUACUGCAUCGCAAACGCAAUCGCACGCGGCACUUGCCACCCGAUCAUUACCUCACCACCGGUCGCCACCAGCUGCAGCCACAAGCGCAGCGCUCGACAGCCUCACCAGCUGCCAUCACUCGCGGCAGUACCCGGCCGCCUGCCCCUGGGAGAGUGGGAGUGUGAUAAGCCGCCGCCGCCGCUGGCCUGCUGCCACGGGCGCCCGAGUGCGAGGAGACAUUCACUCAGCAGCAGCAGCAGCAGCAGCAGAGGUGACCGAUCUCUGCGUGCGGGGGGGAGAAGACAGCAGAGGAGGGAGCGCGAGGUCAGGAUGGGCGCCGGGAUCAGGAUCCUGGCGGCGUUCUUGGCGGUGCUCGCGGCCGCGGCCGCCGGCGGUGUGACGGCGCAGCUGCGGCAGGACUACUACGCGGCGGUGUGCCCGGACCUGGAGAGCAUCGUGCGCGACGCGGUGUCCAAGAAGGUGCAGGCGCAGCCCGUCGCCGUCGGCGCCACCAUCCGCCUCUUCUUCCACGAUUGCUUCGUCGAGGGCUGCGACGCGUCUGUGAUCCUGGUGUCGACGGGGAACAACACGGCGGAGAAGGACCACCCGAGCAACCUCUCCCUGGCCGGCGACGGCUUCGACACCGUCAUCCAGGCCAAGGCGGCCGUCGACGCCGUGCCGGCGUGCACCAACCAGGUGUCGUGCGCCGACAUCCUGGCCCUGGCCACCCGGGACGUCAUUGCCCUGGCUGGCGGGCCGUCGUACGCGGUGGAGCUGGGGAGGCUGGACGGGCUGGUGUCCAUGUCCACCAACGUCGACGGCAAGCUGCCGCCGCCGUCGUUCAACCUGGACCAGCUGACGAGCAUGUUCGCCGUCAACAACCUGUCGCAGGCCGACAUGAUUGCUCUAUCCGCGGCGCACACGGUGGGGUUCGGGCACUGCAGCACGUUCGCGGACCGGAUCCAGCCGCAGAAGGAGGACCCGACGAUGAACGCGACGUACGCGGUGGACCUGCAGGCGGCGUGCCCGACGGGUGUGGACCCCAACAUCGCGCUGCAGCUGGACCCCGUCACGCCGCAGGCCUUCGACAACCAGUACUUCGUCAACCUGGUGAACGGCCGCGGGCUCCUCACCUCCGACCAGGUGCUCUACUCCGACGCCCGGUCGCAGCCCACCGUGGUGGCGUGGGCGCAGAACGCCACCGACUUCGAGCUCGCCUUCGUCGACGCCAUCACCAGGCUCGGCCGCGUCGGCGUCAAGACCGACCCGUCGCAGGGGAACAUCCGCCGCGACUGCGCCUUCCUCAACUGAUUCUCGUCUGGGUGGAUCCGCCGCCGACUCUGAAGCUCUAAACCGUGAACAUACGAGGGCUGGUUAUAUCUCAAAAGUGUUCAUAUAGAAGCUAGAGUAAAGUUUUAUUAAUCAUAUCAGCAUCAGGUUAAGUGGUUAAUGCUAAGAAGAUUGCUUGAUUCAGCGAUUGAUAUGUAGUGGCACUUAGCUUGCUUGGUAGGGCAAAUGUACUCCUUUUUCCUUCUUAAUUUGUUCAGUCUCGGAGCAAUAUUUGUUUGAAUGUUUUCUUCUUGUGUGUGUGGGUGGGAUGGGUGUUUUAGCCUGUAAGGGUUGGUUCAUGGAUAACAGUUGACAGGAUGACGAGUGAUCAUUUCUGUAGUUACUUUUUUUUUCCUGAAA